GUAACAACCAACAACAAUAAGUCGCAAUCUAUGGUGGCCCCUAACAACCAACAACAAUAAGUCGCAAUCUAUGGUGGCCCCUAACAACCAACAACAAUAAGUCACAAUCUAUGGUGGCCCUAACAACCAAGAUUUCCAAUUGAGAUCAACAAAUAUUUUCCCAAUUUAAUUGUUAACUGAGAUUUUCUAUGUUGAGGCAGCACCAAGGAUGUUUUCCUGGCAUAACAGUGACACUGUUCUGUCUCUGUGUUGCCAGGACCUGGGCACAUGAAGAUAUUUGUAAAAGUCGAGACUAUGGCCAUGGCAGCACAGUAUGUGUGUGCAACUCUUCCCACUGUGAUAUUCUUCCACCUAUCCAUCUUCCACAAAGUGGAAAAGCUCUCAUUGUUACAUCCAGUAAGGCAGGGCUGAGGUGGAAAGUUUCCACUGGUCGAUUUUCUCAGCAUGGGAAUGAGAUCUUGCCGUCUGAUGUGGAAAUAGAAGUAAACAGCAAGAUGCGUUACCAACGGAUCAUUGGGUUUGGUGGAGCAUUUACAGAUGCUUCUGGAUUGAACAUUUUGAGCUUGCCAGAACCAAUGCAAGAAAUGAUACUGAAAGCUUACUAUUCUGCAAAUGGCCUUGAAUAUACCUUGGGUCGUGUACCUGUUGGUGGAACUGAUUUUAGCAUCCGUGAGUACACAUAUGAUGACUUAAAGGAUGGCAAGACUGAUAUGAAGUUGUCUCAUUUUUCUCUUGCCAAAGAAGAUUUGCAAUAUAAGAUACCAUUGAUACAGAGAGCAAUAAGGACAUCAUCAACCCCAGUCAAGUUUUUUGCCUCAGCUUGGGGGGCUCCAGGUUGGAUGAAAGAUAGUGGAAAGAUUUCAGGCAAGGGCAAAUUGCUGCACAAAAUGUACUCGACCUGGGCAGACUACCAUGUUAGAUUUAUUAAGAGUUAUGAAAAGAACAACAUCACUUUCUGGGGUCUUACUACUCAAAAUGAGCCAAGUGAUGGUCUUGAGGAAUCCUUCUCUUUUAAUUCUAUUGGAUGGACUCCUGAAGAUCAGGCAGAAUGGAUUGGAAAACACCUUGGGCCUGUCCUACAUAAGAACAACCUUGGCCACUUGAAAGUUAUGAUUGUGGAUGACAAUCGCAUCUUCCUACCUAAGUGGGCAGAUGAUAUCAUGUCCAACAACGAAGCUGCUCCAUAUGUCUCCGGUGUGGCUGUCCACUGGUAUACAGACUGGUUCAUACCACCAUUGACCCUUGACCUGACUCAUGAACAUCACCCAGAGCUUUUCUUGCUUUACACUGAAGCAUGUACAGGACAGUGGCCAUGGCAGCCGUUGAAAGUAGUACUGGGGUCUUGGGUGAGGGCUGAAGAGUAUGCUGCUGAUAUAAUAGAGAGUCUGGAGCACUGGGUGUCAGGCUGGACAGACUGGAACCUUGCACUUGAUCUAAAAGGUGGACCAAAUUGGAUAAAAAACUUUGUUGAUUCACCCAUCAUUGUUAAUGCUCCUGGUAGAGAAUUCUACAAACAACCCAUGUACUAUGCUUUGGCUCACUUCACAAAGUUCCUGCCAGAAGGAAGUCAACGUGUGGCACUAAGGAGAGUGUACUCUGGAGAGGCAACACCUUCUCUCAGUAGUACUGCAUUUGUGCGCCCAGACAAUGUAACGGUGCUCAUGUUUCUGAACAAAGGCCAUGAUGUAGCAAGAGUGAAGCUUGUGGAUAGCAGGGUUGGACAGAUGGUUCUCUCAGUAGAUCCUCACACUAUCAUCACACUUGCCUGGAAGACCUAGCAUACAUGGCUUGUUUGGUUUUGUGCAUUUUGCGGUGUACAUACACACUUAUAGUAUCACUCUUUCUCUGUUAACUGUUCUUCCACUAUAUCAGUUAAAUAAAGUAGAAGUUUGUGUUAAAUCUCACAAGAAUGUGUAUCACUGAGGUAGCAAGCUAGCAGCUUUAGUUUCAUAUAGAAGCACAUUUUUUUUCUUCAACAAACCAGCUGUACCCCACCCAGACAGGGUGACCUAAAAAGAAAAACUAAGUUUCUCUUUUUAAAUUUAGUAAUGUAUACAGGAGAAGGGGUUACUAGCCCCUCGCUCCCAGUAUUUUAGUCGCCUCUUAUGACAUGCAUGGCUUAGGGAAGAAGAAUUCUUUUCCACUUCCCCAAAAAGCACUGUUAUUGGGAACAAAACAAUGUCUGUACUAUACCCCUUCAGUGUUUGAUUUUUCUUUAAUUAUACUUUCACUACAAUGCCACCUGAUCUGCUAAAUUUAUUCAGUUCCACAUUAAUUUGUCAAUGUAUAUUUUUUAUUGUUUUUCUCAUAUUCUAUUUUUAAUUUUCUUUAUACUCUUCAGUCUUUUCAUAUAUCUUCUCUUCUACUGUUUAACCCUUUCAGGGUCCGUGCCGUAAAUCAAUGUCUUUAUGUUCAGGGUCCAAACCGUAGGUCUUCGCCAUGAGCUCAGCUCACUCUGAUAAGCUGUGAGCAGUAAAUUUUGGCCUAGAUAUGAGAGAAUACAUCUAUGUAGUAUGUGUGCACCACAUAAAGCAAAUCCUGCAGCACACAGUGCAUAAUUAUAGAAAAAUACUGAGACCGUAAUUUUCGAUUAAAACAGCGAUUUUGCAGUGUUUUUUCGUAUGUUUUUAAAGUUGUAUUUGCAAUUUCUUGGUCUCAUUUGAUAGAAUGGAAGAUAUACUACAGAAAUAGAGAUGAUUUUGAUUUUUAGUACUAGAAAUGGCUUGAAACUGAGCUCAAAGUAGCAGAAAUAUUAAAUUUUUGCUGAUGUUCAAGAGUAAACAAAUGAUCUCACAAGUCUAAUACAUGACAGCUGGUGGGUCUGAUAUACAUUCACAAAUGUGGUGAUAUUAUUUAUACAAUUAUUACAGUAUUGCAUAACAGUAAAUCUUCUAUUUGGUUUGAAUAAAAAUUUAUUAUAUGAAUAAAAAAUCAAAAUGGAAUUCAUUUGUAAAGCCUGAAAACGUAACUAAUGAACAGAGGAAAUGUUAAUUUAGUGCCAGGAAUGCCUGCAUUGUUUAUUCUGGACCCUAUUUUGAAAUUGGAAUAUUUUGAACUUUGCAUUAAAUUGGCCAAAUUACCAAUUUCUGGUCACUUUAUUUUGUUGUUGAAACAGUUGACUUGGAGAUUUCUUGUGCUGAAUCGAUAGAAUAGAAGUAAUACUAGUGAAAUAGCUAAGAAUUUGGUUGACUGGAAUACUGUAAUUGGCCUAAAAUGGGAGUCAAAGUCGGCAAAAUCGUUGAUGCAUAAAUAUCAGUGACACAUCAAAAUUCACGAGAACAUAAUUUCAUCAAUUUUCCAUCAAAUUUCAUACUUUUUGUUUUAUUACCUUCAGAAAGAGAUUCUCUACCAUUUCAUAAGAAAAAAUAACAAAAUUAUUUUUCGAAAAUUCUUGGAUCCUGGUGCACACUUUGAAAUUUGGCCUCUGGACCCUGAAAGGAUUAACCUUUAUGUCCUUUUUGAGGACUUUCUGUAUUUUGUUCACACCUGUGUGAUAACUAAGUCAGGUGUAUUAUUUCUCAGGUGGGAUUUUUCAGUUUCUUUUUUUAAAUUUUUAAUGCUUGAAAACAUUUGUAAUGUCUGUAAUAAAUUUUGCAUUUUGUCACCACAGUAAGGAAGGAAUGAGUUCGUAGAGGCAAUGAGGAAUUAAGUAUACAGAUAGAGAUAGAAUUCUGUAUAUUUAAUAUCUAUAUUCUUAGGUAGUAGGUUGGUAGACAGCAACCACCCAGGGAGGUACUACCGUCCUGCCAAGUGAGUGUAAAACGGAAACCUGUAAUUGUUUUACAUGAUGGUAGGAUUGCUGGUGUCCAUUUUUCUGUCUCAUAAACAUGCAAGGUUUCAGGUACGUCUUGCUACUUCUACUUACACUUAGGCCACACUACACAUACAUGUACAAGCAUAUAUGUAUAUACACACCCCUCUGGGUUUUCUUCCAUUUUUCUUACUAGUUCUUGUUCUUGUUUAUUUCCUCUUACCUCCAUGGGGAAGUGGAACAGAAUUCUUCCUCCGUAAGCCAUGCGUGUUGUAAGAGGCGACUAAAAUGCCGGAAGCAAGGGGCUAGUAACCUCUUCUCCUGUAUAUAUUACUAAAUGUAAAAGGAGAAACUUUCGUUUUUCCUUUUGGGCCACCCUGCCUUGGUGGGAUACGGCCGGUGUGUUGAAAGAAAGAAUAUCUAUAUUCAGUAUAUUAAUUUUCUAGGUAUGCUGUUGGGACAAGGUGGUUUUCCACAAGCCCCUUUAUUCUAUUCCUCUGUAUUUUACUGUCACUGGGUUGGCUUAAUCCAGUAGUUCUUUUAUUGCUGGAAGCCAAGUGAUGUUAAUAAUGACUUGUCAAAUCUGUAUGUAUGGCUUAUUGAUAAUAAAAAUGCUAAUUUAC